GCGGCCGUUGUGCCAGACUCAGUGACGCCGCCGCUCAGCGUCGCGUGUGUUGCGCGCCCCUGUCGCUACCUUUUUGUUGUUUUUGUUACAGUGUGCGCGCGACUGAUCAAAUCAAAAUCUAAAGCGAACAAUUUUGCAAGUGAGUGUAUCGAUCGUUGAAGUGACUCUUUGCUCGAUAUGUUGCAAUUGCUGCAAUUGAGUCUGCUGCUUGCCACUGCGGCACACGCAGCCGGCGGCAUCAACAUCAAUGCCAACGAUCCCUGCUACUUUGAGGGCAAGCCACGCAAGUGCCUGCCCAGCUUUGUGAAUGCCGCCUAUGGAAAUCCGGUGCAGGCCUCGAGCAUCUGUGGCGCCCACCAGCCGGAGCGCUACUGCGAGCUGCAGCGCGACGGCAGCGCCGGCGAGUGUCGGCUCUGCAAUAAGUCGGAGCAGCGCUUUGGCGCCGCCGCACUCACCGAUCUCAACAAUCCCAGCAAUGUCACCUGCUGGCGCUCGGGCAGCGUCAAUGUGCCCCUCGAUCCGGACACUGCGCCGCCGGACAAUAUUACGCUGACCCUAUCGCUGGGCAAGAAGUACGAGCUGACCUACAUAUCGCUCUCGUUCUGCCCCAAGUCGCCGCGCCCCGACUCGCUGGCCAUUUACAAGAGCUCGGACUUUGGCCAGACCUGGCAGCCGUUUCAGUUCUACAGCUCGCAGUGCCAGAAGUUCUACGGGCGUCCGGAUCGCGCCAAGAUUAGCAAGUUCAAUGAGCAGGAGGCGCGUUGCAUGAACUCGCAGCACGACGGCACUGGCGCUGGCGCUGGCACUGGCGCCGCUCAGCGUUUUGCCUUCAACACGCUCGAGGGUCGUCCCUCGGCCAAUGAUUUGGAUGCUUCGCUGGUGCUGCAGGAUUGGGUCACCGCUACGGACAUACGUGUGGUGUUCCAUCGUCUGGAGCUGCCGCCGCAGCUGCUGCUGAGUCGCGAGCGUGCCAAGGCAAAGGCCAAGGCCAAGGCGAAUGCCAAUAGCUUCAGCGAUGAAAUGACCGCCAGCGAGGAGCGCGAGGAGGAUGAGCUGGUGGCGCAUGAGCUGGAGGAUCAGGACGAGUACGAUUACAAUCUGCAGGACAACGACAGCGCCGGCUAUGAUCACGAGGAGGAGUACGAGGAGCCCAAGAAGCAUCUGGAGCUCGACGAUGAGCUGCAUCUGGACUAUGCCAACGAUGGUGAGCUGAAGCGCCAGUCCAAGCACAAGAGCAGCGCCUAUGAGAAACAUUUCCAGGCCAGCAAGCUGGCGGCUACCACGCCCACCCAAACGCCCGCCACUGCGCCCACCAAGGCCAGCACGCCCAGCAGCACCAAGGCCAGCACGUCGGCUGCCAGUGGCGCCUCCGCCGCCGCCUUGCAGCAGCUGCUCUCGGUCUCACAGCACUACGCGGUCUCGGACUUUGCCGUCGGCGGUCGCUGCAAGUGCAACGGCCACGCCUCCGAGUGCAUUGCCACCAGCUCGAGCGCCACACGUGGCGACAACGACAACGACGACGGGCAGGAGGACGACACGCCCAGCGCCCUGCACAGCCACUUCGGACGCACUGCCGCCGCCCUGCAGCUGAACGCCAAGCUCACCAUGACCUGCGCCUGCAAACACAACACCGCCGGCCCCGAAUGCGAGCGCUGCAAACCUUUCUACUUCGACCGCCCCUGGGGACGCGCCACCGACAACGACGCCAACGAGUGCAAGAUGUGCCAAUGCAAUGGACAUGCCAGACGCUGUCGCUUUAAUUUGGAGCUCUAUAAGCUGUCCGGACGUGUGUCCGGCGGCGUUUGCUACAAUUGUCAGCAUGAUACAACUGGACGCUAUUGUCAUUAUUGCCGUGAGGGUUAUUACCGAGAUGCCACCAAGCCGCCGAAUCAUCGCAAAGUGUGUAAACGCUGCGACUGCCAUCCCGUUGGCUCCACCGGCAAGACCUGCAAUCAUCUGAGUGGCCAGUGUCCAUGCAAGGAGGGCGUCACCGGUCUCACAUGCAAUCGCUGCGCCCGUGGCUAUCAGCAAACCCGCUCCCAUGUGGCGCCUUGCAUUAAAGUGCCCACAAAUGCGAAUAUGAUUCAAGCGGAAAGCGCUGGUGGCACUGGCGGCGUCGCUGGCGUUAACGGUGAAUACAAAGAUGGCGCUGGCUCUCAAGCUGAGGAAAUGAAGAAAUAUUGCGGCAAAUGCAAGGCCAGCCCCAAGAAGCUCAAUUUGAACAAGUUUUGCAUGGAGGACUAUGCUCUGCUGGCCAAGGUCAUUGGACACGAUCGCGCCUCGCAGGACAUCAGCACCGAAAAGUUCUCGAUUGAGCGACAAAACGAAAUCUACAAAUACGAAAUCAAUAUACAGACGAUCUUCAAGCGCAAUCCCAUGUCGGGCACCACCAGCUCGCUGCUGGGGCGUGGCAAUAUGAUGUUGUUGGUGCCGCGCAAGAGCAUCGAAUGCCAAUGCCCCAAAAUCAAGCUGAACAAAUCGUAUCUUAUACUGGGACGCGACUCGGAGGCAGCGCCCGGGUAUUUGGCAAUUGGACCCAGUUCGGUGGUAUUGGAAUGGAAGGACGAGUGGUCGUUGCGCAUGAAACGCUUCCAGCGGCGCGCUCGUAAAUGCAGUUGAAUCGAACCGGAAACGGAAUAUGUCAGAGCGGAUUUCAAUUUCAUACACUUGGCUAGGUAUCGGUUUUUGUAUAAAUUGUACAGUUUACUCAAGUUUCUGACCUUUUUCGGCAUUAUGCUAUAAUUAAUUACAAAAAACAAAACAAAACAUUCAAACUCAAAGCGGAGUCCUUUCAACCCACACACACACACACACAGACAUAGACACAAUAAACUAACUAAUGCUCUCUCUACUCAGUAACAAUUCUAGUCUAAAAUACUCGACGACAAACACAAAUUCUAUAUACAGACAAAAUAAUAACAGACAAAAUGCUAAUUACAGUUACAAAUACAUGUGUGUGUGUGUGUAUGUGAGUACUCGUGUUCGUAUGUGUAAGUGCGCUGGCUAUAAAAAACAGUUAUAAAUUGAAAACAAGUGCGAAAAACGUAAAGAAAAAAUGCAGCUGCCUCUGUCGCUGUCGCUGUCGCUGCCUCUGCCUCUGCUGCUUGUGUAGAGAGUGUCGCGUGUCGAGGCCGCCCCAGUCGCGUGUUGUGUUGUCCGGCUAGACAAACAACGGAUCAGAGCGUGCAAAAGAUGUGCAGCCUCAGGCCUCAGUCCAGUGUUGGAGCUGGACAUGGUCAUGGGUAGACAAACAGGCAUAGUCAACACAUAAGUGCAGUCAUAAACAAUAACAACAACAACAAUAACAACAAUAACAGCAGCAGCAGCUAAGAGCAGGCUUUACACAUUGCACAUUGGCCAUAGAGUAGGGGUAUGCAGUAUUUAGAAUUUCGUUUAUAUAUUUAG